AUGGCAGAUGAAGACGAGGACAAUCCUUGUGCGGGACGAUGGAAGAAUAUGAGGGACGAGAAGAUGAGGAAGAUGUGGGGUGUGUUUGAUGAAUCCGGGAUUUUCAUGUCUGCCUGUCGUCACGGCUUCUCGCUUCUGAUUGCUGACAUGGUGCAGAGCGGCGAACAAUCCAAAUACCCUCUGGCAGUGGUCUCAAAACUACUGGAUACAUUCUGGAAGGACUUGGGUGGUGGCUACGAUGUCGGCUGCAGGUUCAAAACCACGCUCAGCCGGAGUUCUCUGGGACGCCGUGCACACAAUCUCAACCACACUUCCCUUGUUGGAGCUUUCCACGGACACGCUCACCGACGCCUUUGUCAACUCAAUCAUCUCACCACCUACAUCGACGGACUCGGACUUGAAGAUCUUGAAGGGUGCGAACGCAUCUUCUCCAAGUCCAAUGCGCUGGCGGCAUCUGUUCGUUAUGCCAGUAUCUUCCACCGGCGACAAGCCAUUGCCAACUAUUUUCAACAUAAUGAUGAUUUUGAAGUGUAUGUGAACCUUACUACAUUUCUAUAUAACAACUACAAGCAGGCACUCAAUGUGCUCCAUGACGCCCACACAACACUACCCAAACUGAUGGCCGAGCUCGGUGUCACAGAUGACAAUGUUUUCGACGCUUGGCUGGCCGAGGAACGCAGCUACCUAAUGUCCCUCACGCAGGAGCCGGAACACGAGACACUCCACAUGGAGUAUUGGCAGAGGCUGGUGAACUUGUCUGGGAGCAGAAAAGAUCUCGAUGCCGCGUCUAUGGCUUGGGCAGUGUCCACACCGAGAACCGUACAGUUUGGGGCCCACGAUGUCACUUCAACGACGAGGAAUGAGACUGCGUGGAGACACACGAUUGAGAACUACGAUAAGGAUUUGAAGGUCGUCCAGGAGCUUGAAGUCAAACUCGGGAUCACUCGGAGAUGGGUACCUGAUGAUCCGGAAUGGAGAGAUGCUGGUUGUCUAGUUGCCAAUCGCAAGUUGCAACGUGCGCUCGAUAACCUGGAAGGUUUGGUUGUCGCCCGAAUUUUUGAGCUCUCAAAGAUGAAUAGAGCGGGAACAGGUUACAAGCUUCGGAAACACAUUGGCAAGGCUUUGAAAGUGCGUUCAGCCACAAUACGCACAGCUCUCGACAAGUACAAUACAGCAGCACGCGCUGUUUCUCCCCCACGCGCUACUCUGUCAUGGGAAGAUGUUGUCGAGUAUGCCUUUGUUGCAGACUUCGACCUUCUGCGAGAUGCACGGCAAGACGUUUCACACUGCCCUUGGGCCACUCCUACAGGUCGACAUACGAUGGAUACAUACUUCAAGAUGCGUCGGGCUAGCGAGGAAAUACAGCGCCUCAACGUCGAGAUCCGUCGCAUGGCCACCUACUUGCGUGACGAAGAACUUUACUUGACUGAGUGCCAGAAGCAGCUUCAGUCGAUGCAUCCUGCCCUCGCCCAUCAAGUUGGAGCACACCGGAACAUACGCGCUAGAUUUACAUCCUACCACCUCCGCCGCCUGCACGAAAUCAGUGCAUUGCCGGGCUUUACAGGAUUGAUCGCACCAGGUGAAAGUGUCGAGGAAGGUCCUGGUGCAGCUGCGAGUGCAGCUGCCGUGUGCAUUCCUGCGAAGCUCCUUCCUGUGGGCCCCACUAUGAUGGAGGAGGGUGAGGAUGAGGUGCUGCAGGACCUGGAGGAGGAGAUUGCUGAUGCAGAUGGGGAGGAGGACUCUCGUGUCCUGGAAGCCAUCCUGCAGGUUGCUGGAGAUGCAUAA